UAUAAUUUAUGGAAUAGAUAGUAUGCACUGACUCUUUGCCCUAUUUCUGCUGUCUCCAACUGCCUGCGCGAGAAGAAGAGGAAGAAAGAGGAAGAGGAGAAGGCGGCGGCGAUGGCGGCGAUGGCGAGCUUGGCGAGGCGGAGGGCUGGAGAUGUUUUCCGGCCGGAGGCGGUGCGGCGAGCUGCCGUGUUCUGCCGGGGAUUCGCGGCGGCGGCGGACGAGAACGACGUGGUAGUGAUCGGCGGCGGGCCCGGUGGGUACGUGGCGGCUAUCAAGGCCGCGCAGUUGGGGCUCAAGACGACCUGCAUCGAGAAGCGGGGGACGCUCGGUGGCACCUGCCUUAACGUCGGAUGCAUCCCCUCCAAGGCUCUCCUUCACUCCUCUCACAUGUACCAUGAAGCCAAACAUGCAUUCCCAAGUCAUGGUGUAAAGUUUUCUCAGCUUGAAAUUGACCUACCAGCCAUGAUGGCACAGAAAGACAAAGCUGUAUCUGGUCUGACACGAGGUAUCGAAGGUUUGUUCAAGAAGAACAAGGUAACCUAUGUCAAAGGCUUUGGCAAAUUUGUGUCACCCUCUGAAGUAUCUGUCGACACCCUUGAAGGAGGGAACACUGUUGUUAAAGGAAAAAAUAUCAUAAUUGCGACUGGUUCUGAUGUUAAAUCCCUCCCUGGAGUUACUAUUGAUGAGAAAAAGAUUGUUUCAUCUACUGGAGCUCUGGCUUUACCUGAAGUCCCAAAGAAAUUGGUGGUGAUUGGUGCAGGCUACAUCGGCUUGGAAAUGGGAUCAGUUUGGGGAAGGCUUGGUUCUGAAGUGACUGUUGUUGAGUUUGCACCAGAUAUUGUGCCCUCGAUGGAUGGCGAAGUGAGGAAGCAAUUUCAGCGGAUGCUUGAGAAGCAGAAAAUGAAGUUCAUGCUCAAGACAAAGGUUGUCGGGGUUGACACAUCAGGGGAUGGUGUGAAACUGACACUAGAACCUGCAGCUGGUGGUGAACAGAGCAUACUUGAAGCUGAUGUUGUUCUUGUGUCGGCUGGCAGAGUUCCAUACACAGCAGGGCUCGGGCUGGAGACCAUUGGUGUACAGACCGAUAAGGCAGGAAGGAUUGAAGUUGAUAAACAUUUCAUGACCAAUGUGUCAGGAGUAUAUGCUAUAGGUGAUGCGAUACCAGGACCCAUGCUUGCUCACAAGGCAGAGGAAGAUGGAGUUGCAUGCGUUGAGUUCAUUGCGGGCAAGGAAGGCCAUGUGGACUAUGAUAUGGUUCCCGGAGUGGUGUACACACAUCCUGAGGUGGCUUCAGUUGGCAAGACAGAGGAGCAGGUGAAGGCCUUGGGAGUGUCAUACCGGGUUGGCAAGUUCCCCUUCAUGGCUAACAGCCGUGCAAAGGCUAUCGAUGAUGCUGAUGGGCUGGUGAAGAUUCUGGCUGAGAAGGAGACGGACAAGAUUCUUGGGGUCCAUAUAAUGGCACCAAAUGCAGGGGAACUCAUCCAUGAAGCUGUGUUAGCCCUCCAGUACGGAGCCUCAAGCGAAGACAUAGCUCGCACAUGCCAUGCCCACCCUACAAUGAGUGAGGCCGUGAAGGAAGCCGCUAUGGCUACAUACGACAAACCCAUUCACAUAUAAGGGGAACUUGCUAGAUCAUAACCCUGGCAAGUUUCCGAAAAAUAAUUUUGGAGCAGGUAAUGAAAAAACUCUUUGAUCUUUACCUCGUCUAUUAUCGCUCGGGGCACUUGACCGUGAUUUGUUCAUGCUUCGUAGCUUGUAUUAUCCGAUUUUGCAUGUUCUCUUUCUGAAUUUGGAAUAACAUGUUCCUGAAGAUUUUAUCUUGAAUGAAAUCUUUUUCCUGCA